AUGCCAGCAAUCGGAAUCGAUCUGGGAACAACGUAUUCGUGCGUCGGCGUGUGGCAGCACGGCAACGUGGAGAUCAUCGCCAACGACCAGGGCAACAGGACGACGCCUUCGUAUGUGGCAUUUACGGACACCGAGAGGCUCAUCGGAGAUGCGGCCAAGAACCAGGUGGCCCUCAACCCCAGCAACACGGUGUUCGACGCGAAGAGGCUUAUCGGGCGCAAGUUCGACGAUCCCAAGAUCCAAGCGGACAUGAAGCACUGGCCCUUCAAGUGCAUGGUGCUGACGAAGAUGAAGGAGACUGCGGAGGCAUAUCUGGGAAACACAGUGCGUGACGCCGUGAUCACCGUGCCAGCGUACUUCAACGACUCUCAGAGGCAGGCUACGAAGGACGCAGGUGCCAUCGCAGGGCUGAACGUGCUUCGCAUCAUCAACGAGCCCACGGCGGCCGCGCUGGCGUAUGGUCUGGACAAGAACCUCAAGGGCGAGCGCAACGUGCUGAUCUUCGACCUCGGCGGCGGCACCUUCGAUGUGUCGAUCCUGACCAUCGACGAGGGCUCCCUGUUCGAGGUGAAAGCGACUGCCGGCGACACGCACCUGGGAGGCGAGGACUUCGACAACCGACUGGUGAACCACCUCGCGGACGAGUUCCAGCGCAAGUACAAGAAGGACCUGCGCUCGAACCCGCGCGCCUUGCGACGCCUCCGCACCGCCGCCGAGCGCGCCAAGCGCACGCUCUCCUCCAGCACCGAGGCCACCCUGGAGAUCGACGCUCUCUACGAGGGCAUCGACUUCUACACGCGCGUCUCCCGCGCCCGCUUCGAGGAGCUCAACUCGGACCUGUUCCGCGGCACCCUGGAGCCAGUGGAGAAGGCGCUCAAGGACGCCAAGAUGGACAAGAGCCAGAUCCACGACGUGGUGCUGGUGGGCGGCUCCACGCGCAUCCCCAAGGUGCAGAGCCUGCUGCAGAACUUCUUCUGCGGCAAGAAGCUUAACCUGUCCAUAAACCCGGACGAGGCGGUGGCUUACGGCGCCGCCGUGCAAGCUGCCAUCCUAAGCGGAGAGUCUGACUCUAAGAUCCAGGACGUGCUGUUGGUGGACGUGGCGCCGCUGUCUCUCGGCAUCGAGACGGCCGGUGGUGUCAUGACCAAGAUCAUCGAACGCAACUCCAAGAUCCCGUGCAAGCAGUCGCAGACAUUCACCACUUACUCUGACAACCAACCAGCGGUCACUAUUCAGGUGUACGAGGGAGAGCGCGCAAUGACCAAGGACAACAACCUUCUGGGCACGUUUGACCUGACGGGCAUUCCACCGGCGCCGCGCGGCGUGCCCAAGAUCGACGUGACAUUCGACAUGGACGCCAACGGCAUCCUGAACGUGUCCGCCAAAGAGAACAGCACGGGCCGCAGCAAGAACAUCGUGAUCAAGAACGACCGGGGCCGGCUGUCACAGGCUGAGAUCGAUCGCAUGCUCGCUGAGGCAGAGCGAUAUAAAGAGGAGGACGAGAGGCAGCGGCAGCGUGUCACCGCCCGCAAUCAGCUCGAGACUUACGUGUUCGGCGUGAAACAGGCGGUGGACGAGGCAGGCGACAAGCUAAGUGAGAGUGACAAGAACACUGCUCGCCAACAUUGCGAAGACGCCCUUCGAUGGCUCGACAACAACACGCUGGCCGACCGCGAAGAGUACGAGCACCGGCUCAAGGAGCUGCAACGGGUCUGCUCGCCACUCAUGAGCAAGAUGCAUGGAGCAGCACAGGGCGGUAUGCCUGGUGGUAUGCCUGGUGGUAUGCCAGGCGGUAUGCCGGGAGGAAUGCCUGGUGGAAUGCCAGGUGGCAUGUACGGUGGCCCACGUGAUGGUCCCACAGUAGAGGAAGUAGAU